AUGGUGGCCCUUCAAAGAAAGAAGAGAACGGGGGAACAAUCCGCCGAGAGAAAUGGCAAGCGGCACAAAUCGGCACUAGUCACAUCGUCGUUUAUUCUUCACUCGUACUCGAAGUUGCCCGACAUCAAUGACUACUCCAAACAGAAAACAGUUGGUUUGGACGUUUUUGUGUGGGGCACGGGCUCCAUGUGUGAAUUGGGGUUGGGCCCAGCUGCCAGCACCAAAGAGGUCAAGAGACCCCGAUUGAAUCCCUAUUUGACCGAGGAGAAAUUGGGCGGAACUCGAGUCGUUGAUUUCGCCGUUGGUGGGAUGCACACUUUAGCUCUCGAUGGCAAGAACCGGGUGUGGUCGUGGGGAACGAACGACAGCGGCGUCUUGGGGAGGGACACUUCGCAAGCCAAGGAGGCGUUGAAAGACAUGGAUGCCGACGCCAGCGAAGACGACGAGGAUGGAGACUUGAACGAGGCCGAAUCUACCCCGGGCCUCGUUGAGAAUUUGGCUCUCGAGGACGAAAUUGUCCAGCUUGCAGCGACAGAUAACCUCAGCGCGGUGCUUUUAUCGAAUGGUGACGUUUACGCGUGGGGCUGUUUCAGAUGCAACGAGGGUUUGCUCGGUUUCUUGCAUCAGGAUAUCAAGAUCCAGCGCACUCCAAUGAAGAUUGCCCAGUUGCAAAACAUUGUGCAGAUUGCCGCGGGCAAAGACCAUCUCUUGGCGCUUGAUUCCAAGGGAAUCGUGUUUGCUUGGGGCAACGGCCAGCAGUUUCAAUUGGGAAGACGCAUUUUAGAAAGGCAUCGUUUCAAAAGCUUGGAACCGCAGCAGUUUGGCCUUUACAACAUCAAAUACGUGGCCAGCGGCGAUUUCCACUGUUUUGCCAUCGACCAUGCCGAUAACGUGUACGCGUGGGGGUUGAACCAGUUUGGCCAGUGCGCGUUGACGGGAGCAAACGGGGAGUUGGAAGAUGGGCUGAUAUUGAUGAAACCUACCAUGAUCCCCGAGCUAUCCCAACGCGGCAUUCAACAAAUCGCCGCGGGCGAGCACCACACUUUGGCGUUGACCAAGGACGGGGUCGUGCUCGCGUGGGGCAGGUACGAUAUGAAGGAAGUGGGAAUCCCUGAGGACCAGCUCCCGAAAUCGACGUUCAAAGACCAGCACGGAAAACCAAGGUCGGUGCCCGUGCCCACGGAGCUAAAGUUUGGCCAGAAGGGCAAGGCGGAAGUCAAGAUCAAGGCCAUCGGAUGCGGGUCCCACCACUCUUUUGCCGUCACCAACGACGGAUUCGUUUACGCCUGGGGGUUCUCGGAGACCUACGCGCCCGGGUUGGGGAACUUAGACGACGACGUUGAGCGCCCCACCAGGAUUGUUAACACUGCCACCAAGAACGAGGAUAUCUUGAUGAUUGGAGCAGGAGGCCAAUUCUCGGUGAGUGGCGGGGUGAAAAUUGACGACGAAGACAAAGCAGAGGAUAGAAUAGAAAAGUACAAUGAGAUUGAUGAAGAAUAG